CACUGAACCCAGUCUUCGUCGUCACUUGCUCGCGACUAGACGCACAAAUCCCCCGUUCACUCGCUACUUCUCGAUCGCUUCCCGCGUACACUACUGUGACCACGGAUGUAUGUGUGUGCAUGUUUAUGAUCGUGUUGUCGCUGACACGGCUAUAGCGGGCAGCGAGCUCUUUGUCUAAUUAGCAGAUAUCCAUCCGAGGUGGCAAUUUGCCGUUCAAGAGAUUCAGCUGUUCUGUCUAAAUAUAUGCACAUUUUGGGGCAGAGACGUUAAAUAAAAAUGACGCCGCAGGAGGAGCGGGAAAGUGCACGGGGAGCGGAGAUCGCUGACGCCUUCGAGGACGAUAUGUUCGGCCCACCACGCACCGAGCCAGCCGCCGCCAGACCCAAGCUUUCCAUGAUCUCUGCACGCCUCCGCGCCAACGAGGAGCGCAAACGGGUCAUAGAGAUCUGUUCACAAAAACUCGAAAACAUUGAAGACCCAGCCCGUGACCUCCGUCGUUCCGUAUGCAUCAAUAACACUUACUGCCGACUGAGCGAAGAGGUCCGUAGAGAGAAGGAGGCCAGGCGGAGGCGUGCGAGAGAGGAAUGCGACGAUACCUGGAUCGCGAAAAAGAGUAGGCGUGCCGUCGAGGAUGAAUGCCUCGCGCUCCUCGAUGCCAUACCUGAGUUGGGUGACGCGAACCUCGGAUGCGCACAGCUAGCCAGACAGAUGCCUCGUCAAGACGUAGCUCUGUUGCCGAGCGGCCUGCUUACAGUACUGGACUCAUGACCGCGCCGUCCAGCGCAUUUACAUACUCCACUGUGAUGCGAGCAAGUCGGAUGAAGCUCUCGGGAGUCCCACAGCGCUCGUGUCGCUGACCGCGCACACGCUGCGUCACGCGCUCGGAUAUGUGCUCCGAUUUUGUCGCAGGAUCGAGUCGAUACGAAACGAUGGACGAUCGACUCGAAUACCGGUCAAGUGUUUUAAUUUACGUUACCCAAACGGACAGACUUUAGCCAAUUCAUUGUUGUUUUAGAAGAGUACUUACUUUGUUAGUGUUUUUUAUUAUUUAGUGAAAGUUGCUCAGGCGCUGCCGACGGGCGCGGUCCAAUUAGUGUUCAACGAUUAAUUUUACUAUCGAACUGAGGACUCGAAGUGCGUUUUGUUAAUGUAAGUAGCGCCACGUCAUGUCGCUGCUUCGUGCUGUAACAAAUACCUAUAUGGAUGUUUAUGGUUUUUAUUGAUGAAUAUAGUUUUAAGGUCUAAUUAUUAUGUUACAUUAUUGUACUAUAUUAAUAGUGAGUUAAGAGAUAGUGCAAAACGACUGGGAACGGUUGCGUACACCCCGUCAUAGUUACACGUCAAACAUUUUCACUUUAUUUAUUUUACAUGGAUGAUAUUGUUUUGUGUUGCCUUUAGUGAGAUUGGGUCGCUACUGUAAACCGGUUUUGAAUAGACACUGUCAUUGUAAGUAAGUAGAUGUUUGAAAAUGAAACAAAGAGCGUAGUAAAAUAUUUUACUUUGGACUUCUGUAUGGCCAUGCGAUUUUAAUUCAGUUAGGUAACGUUUGCCUAUUGGCCAACUUUAUAAGGCACUUGAGGUGCAAAUGUUUGAUCAAAUGUUGCAUUUCACUAGAUCUGACUACCACGUAUCGAUUGUUUUAGUUUUCAUUUUAUUUUAUUGAACUGUUUUUCAAAGUUACCUCCAGACAUCAUUUUAACCUUUUGUCGGUAUUAUAUUGAUAAUAACAAUGUCACUGUUAAUUUUAUAUAAUUUAUACCUUUGUUAGUUAUUUGUGAAACAUCAUUGGUGUUUAAGUGCAAAUGUUGGUUGUGCAAUGACUUUGUAAUCAAUAUUGUGCAAUUGGAGCGAAUAGAGCCAAGUUCCUUUUCUUUUGAAAUCUUAAUUGUCGCAAAAUAUAUUGGUAGUAGCCCGUUGCGCCCCCUCUGAAUAGUAAAUAGGUACGAGGAAGAGCGCGGGGGAUUGGUUAGGGCGGUGGUAAGGCGGGGGGGCCGUGGUGGUGGCGGGCGCGAGUGGGGUAUUGGACUCCGCGCCGUUCCCAGCACUCCUGUGAUAUUAGCCUAGCCUGUGUGUCGUAUUUGUGCUAGUUUCCCCAACCUUAUUUGGAUCGCUACGUAUUUAAAAAAAAGCUUCGAAAUAUGAAUUUCCUUUACUAUUGGCCAUUUUAUACGGAUUAACCGGUUUUUAUAGUCGUGUCUACGGCUAUAUUUGCAUUUAGAAAUUAUUUUGACAGUCUGUACAUUUAGACCGUUACUUUUUUAUACUAUUUGCGUUUGUAUGUACAAUGUUGAUGAAUCAUAACAUUAUGAAUUAUGAAAAUAAGCGCUUGUACAGUCGGCCGCCAUUAUUUGGGGGCUGUUGAUUAACUGGUAACUUAGUUGAAUCGAACAAAUGAAGUUGUUCCGUGUAAAAAUUUCAGUAGUUGUUACGAUAUGUUGAAGCUAUAUUACAAGAUGAUAUAAAGACGCACAUAUGUAUUGUAUAAGUCGUUCGUUUCAUUGUACCAUAAUUAUUUAAGCCACGUUGAUAUUGUAAUAUAUGUCUAAUAAAUUGUUUUUUAAAAAGCGCAUGAGUGACCAAUACAUUAUCAUCGCAAAUGUUUUAAUUAUUACGAACGUGGCUUCCAUAUUUUCCCUAUGUGUGGGAAUGUGAGAUUUUUUUUAGAAAAUAAAUGAUUUGAGACCGA